GUGGCCUCCCCAGCAACAGCGGCGAUACCGGCCACCCGCCCCUGUCCGGCUGGGCCACGGAGGCAGCGCAGAGGCCGGACCCCGAGCCUCCCCCCGCCGAGCAGCGCCGCGCCGCCGGGCGCCCAGCAGUCCGAUGGGGCCGCAGCGAGCGCUGCCCUCCGCUGCAACCGCCCUGCUCUGGGGCUUCCUGCUCCUGCUCCGGCUGACAGCUGCUCAGGAAGCAAUCUUGCAUGCGUCUGCAAAUGGCACGUCCUCCCCAUCUAAGGACUACUGCAUGCUCUAUAACCCUCACUGGACAGCUCUUCCAAGUACCCUGGAAAAUGCAACUGCCAUUAGUUUGAUGAAUCUGACGUCCACACCGCUGUGCAACAUUUCUGAUAUUCCUCCUGAUGGAAUAAAGAACAAAGCCGUUGUGGUUCAGUGGGGAACCUGCCAUUUUCUUGAAAAAGCCAGAAUUGCACAAACAGGAGGUGCUAAAGCAUUGUUGGUUGCCAAUAACAGUGUCCUAUUUCCUCCCUUAGGGAACAAAUCUGAAUUUCAUGAUGUGAAAGUACUGAUUGCAUUUUUUAACCACAGAGACUUUAAAGAUAUGAAGCAGACUCUUGGAGAUAACAUUAUUGUGCAAAUGUAUUCUCCUCCAUCAUGGCCAAACUUUGACUAUACUAUGGUGGUUAUUUUUGCAAUUGCUGUGUUCACUGUGGCAUUAGGAGGAUACUGGAGUGGAUUGAUUGAAUUGGAAAACAUGAAGGCCAUAGCAGACACUGAAGACAGUGACAGGAGGAGAAAGAAGGAAGACUAUUUAACUUUUAGUCCUCUAACAGUUGUAGCAUUUGUGGUCAUCUGCUGUGUUAUGAUGGUCUUGCUUUAUUUCUUCUACAAAUGGUUGGUUUAUGUCAUGAUAGCAAUUUUCUGCAUCGCAUCAGCAAUGAGCCUAUACAACUGUCUUGCUGCACUAAUUCAUAAAAUACCAUAUGGACAAUGCACGAUUGUGUGUCGUGACAGAAGCAUUGAAGUGAGACUUAUUUUUCUCUCCGCACUGUGCAUAGCAGUAGCUGCUGUUUGGGCCGUGUUUAGAAAUGAAGAUAGGUGGGCUUGGAUUUUACAGGAUAUCUUGGGGAUUGCUUUCUGUCUGAAUUUAAUUAAAACACUGAAGUUACCUAACUUCAAGUCAUGUGUGAUACUUCUAGGCCUUCUCCUUCUCUAUGAUGUGUUUUUUGUUUUCAUAACACCAUUCAUCACAAAGAAUGGCGAGAGUAUCAUGGUUGAACUUGCCGCUGGACCCUUUGGGAAUAACGAAAAGAAUGAUGGAAACUUGGUGGAAGCCACUGCUCAGCCCUCAGCUCCCCAUGAGAAAUUACCAGUAGUCAUCAAAGUACCAAAGCUGGCCUAUUUUUCAGUAAUGAGUGUAUGCCUCAUGCCUGUUUCCAUAUUGGGUUUUGGAGACAUUAUUGUACCAGGCCUAUUGAUUGCAUACUGUAGAAGAUUUGAUGAGCAGACUGGUUCUUCUUCUUCUAUAUACUAUGUCUCCUCCACAAUUGCUUACGCUGUGGGCAUGAUACUCACGUUUGUUGUUCUGGUGCUGAUGAAAAAGGGGCAACCUGCUCUCCUCUAUUUAGUGCCCUGCACGCUCAUUACUGCCUCAGUUGUUGCUUGGAGACGUAAGGAAAUGAAAAAGUUCUGGAAAGGUAACAGCUAUCAGAUGAUGGACCACCCAGACUACGCAACAAGUGAAGAAAACCCUGAGGCAGCCGGUCAGCAGAUUCUCCCACAGUAACAAGUGGACCUGCCAUCCGUGUCUGCUGAUUUUCUGCAAAGAGUGUUUGACAUCUUAAAUGGACUUUUGAAUUGACAAUCUGAAAGAAUCUCCAAUGACAUACUUGCAAAUACACAUUUUUAAGAGCUGGUACUGACAAUUAUAUCAUAAGUAAUUAAAAUACAUUUGCUUUUAACUAUGUUAAAGUUGUGCCUUCACAUUAAAUAAAAGGAUAUGGUCUGUAUAACUUUCAAAAUGUAUUAUACACAGUAUAUUUUUUUAGAAAAAGUAUUGAUCCAUCCCUGGAUUUUCUUACUGAAAUCAAUUUCUUUUCAACUCUAAUGAUAGAUAAAAGUAUUUCUGUCAAAGUGAAUUUCUGAACAGAUUUUACUGAAAAGAAUUAUGCAAAUUUUAUCCUCUAUAGAAAUGAAUAUUUAAGAUUAUGCAAGAACACAGUUCAACAAUGAAAUUUUGGACUUUUAUCACUGCAAAGGUUAGAAAAAUAUAAUUUGGAAAUAUAUAUCAGUGCAUAUUUUUAUAGCAUAAGUUUAAAAAAUUUCCGGUUCUUUUUUAAACUUGAGAACCCAAAUUGCUUCAAAUUUCUAUGUAUUAUAUUAGAAUAUUUUUCUAGGUAGAGAGAAACAUAACAUAUAGAACUAGUCAUUAAAAGGACACAAAAACUGGCAUCCUCAGUUUUCAGUGGACUGUUUUUUCUUUGAAGGUAUAACUUAAAUUUCUGUGUUAACAUUCAGUUUCACUAUAGAAUCUCUGAUCUCUGAAGUUUGGUUCUGUUGCUGUUUCGACUUGGUAUUUAGUACAAAAUUAUAUACUGAUACAUAUGACUCAUUGAGUGUAACACCCCUAACAGUCCUCUUGGCCACCAUCUUGAUUCCUACUCCUUUCUUCAAAGGAAACCACUGUUAACUUUUUGAUAUUUUGGUGGAUAACAGAAUACCAAUAUACCAGGCGUGUUUCAGAGGAAAACAUUGCAGAAAAAGACAAGAGACUGGGCGUUAGUGUCGAUUAAAUUACAUUACCAGAGUGUGAGUAAAUGGUCUUAGCACAAGACACUGGUGUCUCAGUUUUCUCAUCUGCAAAAUGAGUGGGUUAGACCAGCAGUUUCAACCUUUUUCAUCUCCUGACACACAGAAACUAAUUACUAAAAUUCUGCAGCACACCAAAAAAUAUAUUUGCUGCUGA